AUGUCGACUUUCAACGGGAAACAAGACUACGCCCCAGACUACGCGUCCUACAACUGGAUCGGUGCUCCGUCUGAUUAUUCUCUCUCGACUAACCCGGAUCUGGGCGGUGAUUCCCGCACCGAAAACUUGAACAAAUGGUUCCAAUCGGGUGACCAGGCCUAUAUCAUCGUGGCCUCGGCCAUGGUCAUGGUCAUGGUUCCCGGUCUCGGUUUCCUGUAUUCCGGUCUCGCUCGCCGAAAGUCCGCCCUGAGUAUGAUCUGGGCGUGCAUGGCUUCGUUCUCAGUCAUUACCUUCCAAUGGUACUUUUGGGGAUACUCGUUGGCUUUCUCUCCGACUGCGACCAACGGAUAUAUCGGAAAUUUGCGUAACUUUGGUUUAAUGAAGACUUUGGCUGAUCCUAGCCCGGGUUCGCCUCUGAUUCCCGGUCUUCUCUAUGCUUUCUAUCAGAUGCAAUUCUGCGGCGUGACUGCGGCUAUCGUGAUGGGAGCUGUCGCAGAGCGUGGUCGCCUUCUUCCCGCCAUGGUCUUCAUUUUCAUCUGGGCCACUAUCGUUUACUGCCCUCUGGCCUGCUGGGCCUGGAACGUCAACGGAUGGGCUAACAAAUACGGUGUCAUGGAUUACGCCGGUGGUGGUCCCGUCGAGAUCGGCUCCGGUUUCACUGCCCUUGCUUACUCGAUGGUCCUCGGCCGCCGACAGGAACGCAUGAUGCUCAACUUCCGCCCUCAUAAUGUCUCCCUCAUCCUUCUCGGUACCGUCUUCCUCUGGUUCGGCUGGCUGGGCUUCAACGGCGGUUCUGCCUUUGGCGCCAACCUCCGCGCUACCAUGGCUUCUUGGAACACCAACUUGACCGCCGCCUUUGGCGCCAUUACUUGGGUCCUCCUCGAUUGGCGCCUCGCCCGCAAGUGGUCCAUGGUCGGUUGGUGCUCCGGUACCAUCUCCGGCCUCGUCGCAGCCACUCCAGCCUCCGGUUUCAUCUCUCCAUGGGCCAGCGUGAUCCUCGGUGUUGUCACCGGUAUCGUCUGUAACUACUCCACCAAAAUCAAGUACUGGAUCCGUAUCGACGACUCAAUGGAUGUGCUCGCCGAGCACGGUAUCGCCGGCAUCGUUGGCCUUAUCUUUAACGCCUUCUUCGGCGACGACGCCAUUGUCGGCCUCGACGGUGUCAACACCGGCAACCAUGUCGGUGGCUGGGUGAUCCACAAAUAUAAACAACUUUACGUCCAAAUUGCCUACAUCGUCGCAACCGCCGCGUACGCUUUCGUCAUGUCCACGAUCAUCGCCUACGGCAUCAACGCCAUCCCUGGCCUGAACCUGCGUGCCUCUGAAGAAGCUGAACUCCUCGGUAUGGACGACGACCAGCUCGGCGAGUUCGCCUAUGACUAUGUCGAAGUCCGCCGUGACUACCUCGCCUGGACCCCGCAGAAGCACGACCAGCUCGAAGAUGGCCACCACAUCCCCGCCGAGCAGCGCUACGGCAUCGGUGAGCACUCUGAGAUGAUGUGCGGCGGCAACCCACCGACUGGUAUCAUGCUUGAGGGCCACCCUCCAAACGGAGAGAGUUCUCGUGGAGGAAGUGAAGGCGACAUGGGCAUGCAGGAACAUAAAAUCACGACCGCGCCCCGUCAAGUCGCGGAGCGCCAGCCCGCUCAUACGGACACUCAUGCACCCAUCAUGAACCAGCCCGUUAUCAGCGAGAAGGUGGAUUAA